AAAAGUGUGUACGAGAGCGCGAGCGAGUCUGGUCGCGAUUCGCGAGGAGAGAUAGCGAUGGGAAUAAAAGCGAAGAUUUUUCUUUCUUUUUUACCCUUUUGCUUUUCUUCUGCGUAAAGUUGGAAGCCCGAAGAGGCAAAAGAGCGAGUACAGAGGUUUUUAAUUUGUUGCCGAAGAUUUAUCUGCCAUCGUCUCGUCUCCUCUCCUUCUUUGGGUUUGGCAGAUUGCUGGGGAGCUCGGCAUGGCGAUUUCGAGGGACGAGAGCUCCUCCGAGCUCGGAUGAACUCCUGGGUCCAAGAAACUUGGGUUUUUGUCGAAUAAUUCUUGCGGCGAAGUCUAGCUUCGACGACCGUUGCUUCUUCUGGUGACGUUUCUUUAGUUUACGGUAUCGACUUGGCUAGGAGUGUUUGAUGGCUUGAUUAGGUUGGAGAGGGAACGCAUUUGCAGUGGAGGAAAUGAUCGGAUUGGCAGAGAUAAGAUGAAGCUUUCCACUGUUGGUAUCAGCCAGCAAGCACCGGAAGAGGAGGAGAAGAGAUGUUUGGAUUCGGAGCUCUGGCACGCCUGUGCCGGGCCGCUGGUUUGCUUGCCGACGGCCGGUACUCGAGUGGUCUACUUCCCUCAGGGUCACAGUGAGCAGGUCGCUGCAUCGACGAACAAGGAAGUGGAGGGCCAUAUCCCCAAUUACCCGAGCUUGCUGCCUCAGUUGCUCUGCCAGCUCCAUAACGUGACGCUGCACGCAGAUGUGGAAACAGAUGAAGUUUAUGCUCAGAUGACCCUGCAGCCUCUAAGUCCCGAAGAGCAGAAAGAUGCUUAUUUUCCUAUGGAGAUGGGCAUUGCGAGCAAGCAACCAACGAACUAUUUCUGCAAGACUCUGACAGCGAGUGAUACAAGUACCCAUGGAGGUUUUUCUGUACCUCGUCGUGCAGCUGAAAAAGUCUUUCCGCCCCUGGAUUUCUCUCAGCAGCCUCCAGCACAGGAGCUUAUUGCUCGUGACCUUCAUGAUGUUGAAUGGAAGUUUAGGCAUAUUUUCCGAGGUCAACCAAAAAGGCAUCUCCUCACCACAGGCUGGAGUGUGUUCGUCAGUGCCAAGAGACUUGUUGCUGGGGAUUCUGUUCUUUUUAUUUGGAAUGAAAAGAACCAGCUUUUGUUGGGAAUAAGGCAUGCUAAUCGGCCACAAACUUCGACACCAUCAUCAGUUUUAUCAAGUGACAGCAUGCACAUUGGACUCCUUGCUGCAGCUGCUCAUGCUGCUGCUACAAAUAGUCGUUUUACUAUAUUUUAUAAUCCAAGGGCCAGUCCAUCAGAGUUUGUUAUACCUCUUUCUAAGUAUAUUAAAGCAGUAUUCCACGCACGUGUAUCAGUUGGGAUGAGAUUCCGUAUGCUUUUUGAGACUGAGGAAUCAAGCGUUCGUAGGUAUAUGGGAACAAUCACUGGCAUAAGUGACUUGGAUCCUGUUCGUUGGCCGAAUUCUCAUUGGAGAACUGUCCAGGUUGGUUGGGAUGAAUCCACAGCAGGUGAAAGACAGCGCAGAGUAUCACUGUGGGAAAUUGAACCUUUAACUACCUUUCCCAUGUACCCUUCAUUGUUCCCUAUUGGCCUUAGACGUUCUUGGCAUCCUGGAGCUUCCUUUCCUCAUGACAAUAGAGAAGAGUUUAAUACUUUCAUGUGGCCGAGGGGGGUUCCUGUUGAUCAAGGCAUGUACUCAUUGAACCUCCCAUCACUUGGUACGGGUCCUUGGAUCCAGCAGAGGCAUGAAACAUUGCUGUUGGGAAGUGAGUUUGAUCAGUACCAAGCCAUGUGUCCUCUAGCUUUUCAGGACAUACGAUGUGGGGAUAUUCUGAAGCAGCAAUUUCUACAAAAUCAACAACCAAUUCAAUUUCUCCAACAAUCCUGCACAUCCAGUUCACUAUUCAAGCCUCAAGACAAUCAACAGCAGAUUGUUAAUCCCCAACCACAAUGCUUAACAGAAAACCAUAGACAUCCGGUCCCAUACCAGCAGUUGCAGCCACCGCAUACUGAACAACAAAAGCAGCUGCCUCAAGAAGCAAAUGUUUAUACACAGGCAUUUACAAUGCAUAACAAUCAUGUGCAGCGGCAAUCUGCUUUGCCCUCUCCAUUAUUUGAAAACUCAACCAUUCCUGAUUCUAGUUUAAAUUUCUCCUCAGUUCCCACACCAAUUUCUGACCAGGAUAUCUUAGGAUCUGCUUACCGUGAAGGAAAUGUCAGUGGUUCCAACUAUUCACGACUCAAUCAAUCCAUGAUAAACCAUCCUGGUCAGAAAUCAUGGGAACUAAAUUUUACGAAGUCGCAAAUGAUCUCUUUUGAUGGUGCAGCUCUCCUUUCAUCAUUUCCUGCUAAGAACAGUACUGUGGGAAAUGAUAAUUUCACAGAUACCCAGACUUGCACCCUUUUUGGUUUUAGCAAAGAUUCCUCCUCUCUGCUAAAUAGUGCAUUAUCAAAUUCAGGAACUGUGAAUGAUGUGUCAACAAUGCCAUACACUAGUUCGUGUUUCCAGAAUUCUUUUUAUGGGUAUUUAGAUGACUCGCCUAGCUUACUACAUGGUGCAGGAGAGACUGAUCUGCAAUCCCAAACCUUUGUGAAGGUUUAUAAGUCAGGAUCGGUUGGGAGGUCUCUAGAUAUCUCCCGGUUCAGCAACUACGAGGAACUACGCGAGGAGCUGGGUCAGAUGUUUGGUAUUGAGGGUCUAUUGGAGGAUCCUCUUAGAUCAGGCUGGCAGCUUGUAUUUGUCGACAGGGAGAACGAUGUGCUUCUCCUUGGAGACGACCCAUGGGAGUCCUUUGUGAAUAAUGUUUGGUAUAUCAAAAUACUUUCACCUGAGGAUGUGCUGAAAAUGGGAAAACAGGGAGUUGACUCUUUCUGUUAGUCCUCACUGAAGUUCAAGGAACAAGGGUCACACUCCUGUGCAGCCCUCAAGUGGCACUCUCAGCGACGACUCCCAUGAUUUUGUUGUUCUGGUUAUUCUGUAUGAUGUGCAAGAUCUAUGAAUUGUACCUCGGAAUAACUGGGUCUCUUCUACAUGUUCGAAACUGGAUGAAUAAACUAAACAUUUACUGUGACUGUAAUCCUAAUUACUAGGACUUAUCGAUAUGGUUGAACAAGUAUCGUCUUGGUUUGUUUCCUUGUAUAACUACUACUUGUUUUGAGUAGCAACCUUUGGCCUGCAGUUCCAACU